AUGCUGCGAGGCAAGUCCCGGCUCAACGUGGAGUGGCUGGGCUACUCGCCCGGCCUGCUCCUCCAGCGCCCGGAACUGCCGCUCCCCCGCUCGCCGCGGAGGCCCCGCGGAAGCGAAAGUUCGUUAGCUUCUACUCUGAAGACGCUCCUGUUCUUCACAGCUUUAAUGAUCACCGUGCCUAUCGGGCUGUAUUUCACGACUAAAUCCUACGUGUUUGAAGGAGCCUUUGGGAUGUCCAAUAGGGACAGCUAUUUUUAUGCUGCUAUUGUGGCCGUGGUCGCCGUCCACGUGGUACUGGCCCUCUUUGUUUAUGUGGCCUGGAAUGAAGGCUCGAGACAGUGGCGCGAAGGCAAACAGGAUUGACGUGAACAUCAUCUUUUGAUAGCAUUAAAGCGAUUUUUUGAAAUAGUAAUCGCAUCUGGGAUAUUCAUGAUUUCAAUAAAGUUGAAAGAACACAUUAAAAUCCACCUUCAGUAGUCCCCUGGCAGUGUAAGUGUUCGCCUUCUAACCACGGUUUGUGUCAUCUGUUUUAACUGUACGAGCCUGUCAUUUGCUAAUGGGACUUUGGGAAAGUUUAGUUGGCUCCAAAAAAGUCUGUUCAAUUCGUUCCACAUCGUGCUGGGGAUGAUGUGAUCAUCUUACAAAAAAAAGGUUUUUAAAAAGUUUGUCUUUUGGUUGGUUUUGAGUUUUACUCCUCUGCAUUCAUUAACAUGUACACAGUGAAUGAAGCAAGCGUAAAGGCCGUCCCACACUGGGGCACUUUCCCUCGCUGUGGUGGGGACAGGCCGCUGGGCUUGGAGUGAAGCUGAGCGCUGCUGCGGAGUUCUGCAGAGAGGGAUCCUAGUCAGUAGGGCCCUUCAUCACGUUACUUCCCGAGAAGGCAGGCCGCGUCACUCACCCAUCCCGUCAGAGAACGACUUUACUGAGGCGCAAGCUAGCAAAGCAGAGUGAGCGCCCCCAGCUCACAGCCUUCCCUUGGUGUUUGCGGUGAGCUCAUGACCUUCUCUGCUUGGCCAUUCGGUGAUGAGGGCAGCUUGAUGACAGUGGGCAAAGGGCCUCCAACUUUGAUGUUCCUGCGGGUGUUUUUUCAGUAAUACAUAUGCUAGGGAUUGACAUCCCAGUGUACUCAUUUUUGCAAACGUAGGGAGUAUAAACAAUCUUGAACAUUGAUUGUUUAUAUCACCCAGGAAGUAUUCUUGGUAUUUCUAGACUAGUCUUUUCAAUCAGAGUUGUAGCCUAAAUAUCUAUCCAGAUGUAUGGAACAAGACCCUGUGAAUUUACUUCGGUGUCCUCAAUCUAUGUUCUUAACAAACACUUGUUACUAUUUGUGUGUGACUAAACACAUCUGGAAAAAUGCAUAUUAAUAGAGGGGGGAAGUUUUUGAGCUCACUGUAAUGCCACCCGGAAAGAACCAGUGUUCUGGUUUACACCCUGCCUGCAUCUCUAACCCUAAUCCCAUGUGCACCUCCAGGUUUGGUUUAAGUUUAGAUUCUUGGCCCGGCAGCUAUAUGCAUUUAUCAGAUGAGUGGCUGUUGGCCGUUUUCUAAGAAAGCACACCCUACCCUUUCAACUAGAUGUCCAGAGCUGAGGCUGAGAUCCUUCAUACGACGGACCUUACUCUUUGCCAGCACCAGUUUGUCACCUCUGGUUUGGUGUGGAGCUGGAUUAAAAGAUGUAAGGAGAUGGUCAAGCCUGAAGGCCAGGUAGGGUGUGUGCGGAAUUGCUGAGAAAAAGUAAGCAAUGGUUCUUGUAGGGCCAUUUUCUAUUGUUACAGUUAAAUUGUGUCUACAGUUUAAAUGUCUGUCAACAAAUAUUCUAAAUGUAAAGUUUUUCUUUCCAAAGGUUACAGGUUUAGAUAAAGUUGUAUACAUUUAAUAGGAAAUUGUAGGAUGUUCUAGUUGAGUCUGGUACUGUGGUUGAUUUCUGGGUUACUCCUUCAGAUGCUUGUCAUGCUUAGAAUUAUUGUUUGCUUAAUUUCUUUUUCUAUAAAGUCAAGAUUUUACUUGUACUUUGGGGACCUUAUGCUGUUUGUAAAAUAUAAUGUUACAUUGUUUGGUUCAGUCAUCUGCUGAGUGGAUAAAGUGGGUAUUUUCUGCAAGUAUUUAAAUCAGGGAUAUACACACACACACACAUACAUGUAAUGUGUGUGUGUAUAUAUAUCUAUAUCCACAAAAGCAGUUGUAAGUCCCACUUGAAAAAAGUACCAAAUAUUUGAAAAUUGGAGUCAGACCUGCGGUCACUAUUAGAUUUGUUUUCAGGCCAGUUUAUUUUGUUUGACUAUCACAAUAUAGAUUUGUUUUCAGGCCAGUUUAUUUUCUCCCAGGGUUUCAGCUGGCAGCACACUAGUUUACUGCUGCUGAAACAGCAUGCGCUCUGACAUACAGGUGUGCUUUGCAGGACAUCUCACUGCUGUCCUUCUGCACAGCGCGUGUCCUUCCAGGUGUAGCGAGGACAGCGCAGUCGAGCCCUCGUCAGUGUGCCAGGCAGGCUCUUCUCACUAUUAUUUGAAAACGGUGAGCAUAACCUCGACUGGGAAGCGUGGCAGUGCCAGGGCAAACCUGACCUGACCCCACUCCCUGCAACACACCGCUUCCCUCAUUCUCCCUUUUGCCUCCCAGGAUAAAAUCUUGUCUUCCCCAUUGUGCUAACAGAUGAGCAGUCUGCCAUGGAAUGCGCCUGGCAUCAUUAACUCUUCAAGUGAGGACCAUUUUACCUGUAGCAGCAGAAUUCACGUUUGAGUUGUUGAAAACAAACCUAAAUCUUUCGUAUAGGGAAAAACUUGUUUUGUGGGACUUGAACAGUAGUAUGUUGUCAUAGACUUCAUCCUAGAAACUUCAUCAGCUUUGCCGAAAGACACAACCGAGUGACUUGCUUGGUGUUUAUCCAUUUCCGUGUAAACUUCGUGGACACAGCCAGCUAGCACCCCAAGGAACCCGUUCGGAACAAUUACGUGGUUAAGGUGGCCCCACGGAUAGCUGCUAGCUGAAGAGACGGGAACCCAGGCUUUACAUUUAAAGCCCGUGGUGAAAGAGUCUGUGGAGUCUGGCUCGGCUUUUCUGCCAGACAAGUUCACGUGUAUCAUUUUAUAUCUGCUCAAGGGAAGUGGGCUUUGCGGGCGUUCUGUGCGGCCUUCAGCUGUGGCACAGUUUGUCCCUGGCUGUAGUCCUGGGACAGACGCUUCCACAGCGUGAGACUCAGGCUCGGCCUCACAUCUAAGCAGUUUUGCAGGAGCUGGCUCCAGGCCCCACUCGUGACUUGACAGGAUCCUUCUUCCUUUUUGCUGGGGGAGGGUCACCUGAGGGUCGUUGGGAACCUAGCGACAAAUACUGCUUGCCAUGUAGGAAUAGCGACUCCUUUCUGUUGGUUAUAAUGGCCUUGGAGGCCCAUCCCUGGCACUCCUGGCCAUGCCUCGCCUGUUUUGUUGCCACUGUACUUGCAAGUAAUAGCUGCAUUCCUUUUAAGAUGUUCUCGAAGUCGUAUUUGUCAGUUACACAGACUAGUCUUCCUUUUUCUCAAGUUCAGUGAAAUCUCACUGAGCACUAAUAGCAAUAGCUAACAACAUCUGCACAGCACCUUACAGUUUGCAAAGAAUGUUCACAUAUUCUCGUUUGAGUUUGCAUCGUGAACCUGUUACGAGAUGUCUCUUGACAUUGAUGCUAAAAGUGUUAGAAUCUUUAAAUCCCUAGAGUCAGUGACAUGCGUAGUGUUGGUAGCACCCUGAUUAGGGGCGGGGCUUAGGCGCGCUAGGUGGAAAGCUGUGUGUGAUUAUGAAAAUGGGGGCCUGAGUUCUUUCACCACUGGAAUCAGAUUUACUUUUGUAAGUGAUGCUUUUCUAACCGUUCUCUGGAUGGAUUUUGUAUUCGUUAUAUUCUGGCCUGUAAUUUGUAUAAAUUGACCAUUUGUUGUCAUUAAAAAAGUGUUCGCGAUGCC